AUGGGAGACUUGAAUGCAAAGGUAGGCGAAGAUAACACAGGAAAGGAAGUCAUCAUGGGAAGAUAUGGAGUUGGCACCUGUAAUGAAAAUGAAGAGCUCUUUACGGACUUCUGUGCCUUCAACGACCUUGUUAUUGGGGAAACGCAUAAAGGAGGCGGAGGGAAAGGAGAAGAGGUCCAUGAAGAUGGAGGCCUGUGGGGCCCCGCCAUGUUGCACAUGAUGUGGAAGUGCAGUGAGGAUCCCACUGAGGCACUGGUUCUCCAGUAUAAACAGCAGCUGCACAAGUAGGGGGCAAAGGCUGUGGGAUCUGGGCCCCUAGGGGAGAACAUCUUCAAGCUGGCGGCUACAGUGUCCUCCCAGCAUGAACCUGUUCCAAAGUAUGUCAGGGAAGCUCUUCACAGACAGAGAGCCACCAGAGCCCUGAAGCCCUCAUGUCAGAGUCAUCAGAGAAUCCAGCAGCAUCUCCUAGCUAGGAAGCAGGGCACCAGGCAGCAAGAGCGCUACCACCUGCUCUCCACACACCGAGCCCCUCCUGCACAGGCACAGGCACAGGCACAGGCACCCCAGCCUCCUCUAGACCCUGCCCACACCACUCAGGGGCACCAGCUAGACUCUGGUCUUACCACACCAAAGUCACAAAGACAGCAAGGAGCCACACUUCCCCAGGCACCCUCUGCACAAGGCUUCCACUCAUUUGACAGCGUUCCUCAGGCCGCCUCUGAACAGGAGAAGCCCUCCGCGCCUGACACCUGCUCUCACGACUCUGACCCAGAUGUCAUCCUCUCUCAUGCUGUCAAGCUCAUGCGGGAGCACCUAGCCAUCUCCAAGGAAGCCAAAGGAAGGCAGCAUCGGGAAAGAGAGCAAGAUUAUGUCUAUGACAUUUACUACCUGCACGCACCUCCCCCAGGAGGGACUGAGAGUUGUUAAGAUUAUGGCUUUAGCAUCCUCUCUGUGCACACCUACAGCCAGGAGAGUGAACUAGAUGACCAUCAAGAAGAGGACAUUUAUGAUGAUGACAAUGAAGAGGAAAACAGUGAGAAUCGCGGGCAUAAGGAGUACCCUGAUGAGGAUGAAGCAAGCACGGACACAGACAGCUCCAGGGCCUCUGAUGAACAAUAUGGCAGCCUCAGUGAUGAGGACAGGACUCUCAUCACACCAAGGACAUGCAACAAAUAUGCUGACCAUGUCCUAAAGGAGUUUGACUAUGACUGCUCCCAGGACUUUGAUUCUGACUAA